GAAGUGGCGCUUUUGCUCGGUCUCCGACCCGGCUUGGUCCGGCCCAAGAUGGCGAAGCUGCUGAGCUGCGUGCUGGGGCCGCGGCUCUACCGGGUCUACAGGGAACGGGGGCCCGCACGGCUCCCCCAGGAUGGGGACGAGGCUGCCGAGGGGUCCCCAGCCUCCCGUGAGUCUUCCUGGGAUUCGUACUACCAGCCGCGGAGCCUGGAGAAGCACUCGGACAGCAUCCUGGCCCUGGCCUCGGUGCUCUGGUCUAUCUCCUACUACACCUCCCCGCUGGCCUUCUUCUACCUGUACCGGAAAGGCUACCUGACCAUGUCCAAAGUGGUGCCCUUCUCCCACUACGCUGCCACCAUGCUCUUCCUCCUGGCCGGUGUCGCCUGCCUCAGAGGGAUUGGGCGCUGGACGAACCCCCAGUACAUCCAGUUUAUCACCAUCCUGGAGGACAGCCACCGCAUCGGCACCCCUGAGAUCAAGAAGAAACUCGCCAGCUACAACUUUGACUUCCGGAGCUGGCCCGUGGACUUCCGCUGGGAUGAGGUCUCCAGCCGGUCAGACUCGCGGGGGAUCUCCUUGCUGCAGCCGCCCCCCAAGCACCGCAGCACGGCCAACGGAUUCCUCAAUGCUGUAAAGAAGCUGCCCUGCCAGAUUGCCAGCUACAUUGUGGCUCACACAUUCGGGCGCCGGAUGCUCUACCCUGGCUCAGUCUACCUGCUCCAGAAAGCCCUCAUGCCCAUGCUGCUCCAGGGCCAGGCCCGCCUCGUUGAGGAGUGCGGCGGGAAGAGGGCCAAGCUGCUGGCCUGCGAUGGCAACGAGAUAGACACGAUGUUCAUGGACCGGCGUGGGACCUCAGAGCCCCAGGGCGCCAAGCUGGUGAUCUGCUGCGAAGGCAAUGCUGGAUUCUACGAAGUGGGGUGCCUCUCCACCCCACUGGAUGCUGGCUACUCGGUGCUCGGAUGGAACCACCCUGGUUUUGCAGGCAGCACGGGCAUCCCGCUGCCCCAGGCUGAGGCCAAUGCCAUGGACGCUGUGGUGCAAUUUGCCAUCCACCGCCUUGGCUUCCAGCCUGACGACAUCGUCCUGUACGCCUGGUCCAUUGGUGGCUUCACAGCCACCUGGGCAGCCAUGACGUACCCUGAGAUCAGCGCCCUGGUGCUGGAUGCCUCCUUUGACGACCUGGUGCCCCUGGCCCUCAAGGUCAUGCCUGAGAGCUGGAGGGGGCUGGUGACCAGGACCGUGAGGCAACACCUGAACCUCAACAAUGGGGAGCAGCUGUGCAGAUAUCAGGGCCCAGUGCUGCUGGUGCGAAGGACAAAGGAUGAGAUCAUCACUACCACGGUCCCAGAGGACAUCAUGUCCAACCGAGGCAAUGAUCUGCUGCUCAAACUGCUCCAGCACCGGUACCCCAAGGUGAUGGGUGAGGAGGGGGUGCGCAUGGUCCGGGAGUGGCUAGAAGCUUCCAGCCCCAUGGAGGAAGUGGCCGUGUGCAGCCGCUAUGAGGUGGAGGAUGACUGGUGCAUGUCCGUGCUUCGCUCCUACCGCGACCAGCAUGGCCCUGACUUCCCCUGGAGCGUAGGGGACGACAUGAUGCCGGAGGGCCGACGGCAGCUGGCGCUGUUCCUGGCUCGCAAGCACCUGCAGAACUUCGAGGCAACGCACUGCACCCCUCUGCCCCACCACAACUUCCGCCUGCCCUGGCGCUUGUAGCCCUGCCCCCUGCCCAACCCCCAUCUCUGCACUUAUGGCUCCCCCACCCCCCAUACCUGCCCCCCACACAUACACACCGUCUGGGCCUGGAGGAGCCUGCAAUAAAGAGGAGGUAUUUUUUGUA